UCCUGGCUAGCGGAAUACAGGGCUGAUGGCAGGCAGCAACCUGUCAACAACCCAGGCAUAGCUGGAACUAAAGUGUGCUGGGCCCUUUAUCAUCUGACUCUCCUCAGUUAUUUCAGGUCCCUUGGUGCAGCAUAACAAGACUGCAGUGUUAUGGAAGAACCAUGAAGGCCCAAUUACAAGUCACUGUGCUUUCAGCCAAGCUUAAGGACAACAAAAAGAACUGGUUUGGUCCCAGCCCUUACGUUGAGGUAGCCGUGGAUGGCCAGUCAAAGAGGACUGAAAAGUGCAACAACACACACAGUCCAAAAUGGAAGCAGGCUGUCACAGUAAUUGUGACCCCAGUCAGCAAGCUGAUCUUUCGUGUUUGGAGCCACCAGACACUGAAGGCAGACAUCCUGUUGGGAAUGGCCAUGCUGGAGAUCAAAGAGACCCUUAAAGCUAACGACCUGAAACUGUGUGAGGUGGUGCAGACACUGCAGCUGUGCUCUGACAGAGACUCUCGGGAUGUUGUCGGCGACCUGUCAGUCUGUCUGGAUGGCAUGCAGGUAGACCAAGAGACGCUCGCCUCUGCAGAGAGAGAACAUGCUGCUGUUCCAAAUGGAAAUGCAAGACAAAAUGGAGACACUGGCAACAGGUCAAGCAGAGACACCUCUCCCUCCAGUGACUCAGAGGAGUGGGUUAUCGUACCUAAUGGUCAUCCUGCAAAUGGUACGGGGUCUCCUUCUCGAUCUCCAGGGGGCUCCAAUGCCUUGCGUCCUCCCAGACCAGCCCGACCUCCUCCUGCUACGCCUCACAGACCUACAGCCUCGCCAACUUCUUCUAGCAGUUCCUCCCCAAGCGAGCUGAGUGAGGCUCCAGCUUCCGAUGGCUCCUCCCAGGCAUCAGCUAGUGGCUGUUUAAAUCAGCAGGAUGACUCAGGCGCAGCAGCAGCAGCAGCAGCAGCAGCAGCAGCAGCAACAGCAGCAUCAACAUCAACAACAACAGCAGCAGCUACUUCACAGACAGCAGCUGGACCCAAACCAGCAACCUCUGCCUCAGCAGCUCCGGCCACAACGGCUCUGGCCACAACAGCUCCCAGAAUCACACCCAUAAACAACGGCCCCUUACCACCGGGAUGGGAGCAAAGGGCGGACCAGAACGGACGGGUUUACUAUGUGGAUCACAUUGAGAAAAGGACAACCUGGGAAAGGCCUGAUCCUCUUCCUUCAGGGUGGGAGCGCAGGGUUGACCCGAUGGGUAGGGUGUACUAUGUCGACCACAUUACCCGGACGACUACGUGGCAGCGACCCACGCAGGAAUCGGUGCGUAACUACGAAGAGUGGCAGCACCAGCGCAACCAGCUGCAGGGAGCCAUGCAGCAGUUCAACCAGAGGUUCAUUUAUGGGGCUCAGCUCCAAGACCAGCUGGCGGCGACGGCCAACAAAGAGUUUGACCCACUGGGACCUCUGCCACAUGGAUGGGAGAAGAGAACAGACACCAAUGGCAGAGUGUAUUUUGUUCAUCACCCGACUCGGACGACGCAGUGGGAGGACCCAAGGACGCAAGGGCUGCUGAACGAUAAGCCCCUACCAGAAGGUUGGGAGAUGCGGUUCACUGUGGAUGGUAUUCCCUACUUUGUAGACCACAACAGGCGAACCACAACCUACAUAGACCCUCGCACGGGGAAAUCCUCACUUGAGAAUGGACCACAGAUAACCUAUGUCAGGGACUUCAAAGCCAAAGUGCUAUACUUCAGGUUCUGGUGUCAGCAAUUGUCGAUGCCUCAGCACAUUAAGAUUAACGUCUCCCGGAAAACCUUGUUUGAGGAUUCAUUUCAACAGAUAAUGAGCUUCCACCCACAAGAUCUGAGGCGGAGACUGUGGAUCAUUUUCCCUGGAGAGGAAGGCUUGGACUACGGAGGUGUGGCAAGGGAAUGGUUCUUCUUGCUUUCUCAUGAAGUGCUGAACCCCAUGUACUGUUUGUUUGAGUAUGCUGGCAAGGACAACUACUGUCUGCAGAUCAACCCUGCCUCCUACAUCAACCCUGAUCACCUAAAGUACUUCAAGUUCAUAGGACGCUUCAUUGCCAUGGCCUUGUUCCAUGGAAAAUUCAUCGACACAGGUUUCUCCCUGCCCUUCUACAAGCGUAUUCUGAACAAACCUCUGGCUCUCAAAGACCUGGAGUCCAUAGAUCCAGAGUUUUACAACUCACUCAUCUGGAUCAAGGAUAAUAACAUAGAGGAGUGUGGGCUGGAAAUGUUCUUCUCCGUUGACAAGGAGAUCCUGGGUGAGGUCACCACCCACGAGCUGAAAGCAGAUGGAGGAAAUGUCCAAGUAACUGAGGAAAAUAAGGAGGAGUACAUCAGGUUAGUGGCAGAGUGGAGGCUGUCCAGAGGUGUGGAGGAGCAGACUCAGGCAUUCUUUGAGGGCUUCAAUGAAGUUUUGCCCCAGCAGUACCUCCAAUACUUUGAUGCUAAGGAGUUAGAGGUGAUGCUGUGUGGGAUGCAGGAGAUUGACCUGGUGGACUGGCAGAGAAACGCAAUAUACAGACAUUACGCCCGCAGCAGCAAACAGAUCCUGUGGUUCUGGCAGUUUGUGAAGGAGAUGGACAAUGAAAAGAGGAUGAGGCUGCUGCAGUUUGUCACAGGAACCUGUCGCCUUCCUGUGGGUGGCUUCGCUGACUUGAUGGGUAGCAACGGCCCUCAGAAGUUCUGCAUCGAGAAGGUGGGCAAAGAGAACUGGCUUCCACGAAGCCACACAUGCUUUAAUCGUCUGGACCUCCCUCCCUACAAGAGCUAUGAGCAGCUGAAGGAGAAGCUCAUGUUCGCCAUAGAGGAGACAGAAGGCUUUGGGCAGGAGUAAUGAGCAGGAGCUGCAGGAUGGGAUUGUAGGCUUGGAGGAGCCAUAUCCUUUUCAGACAUGAGCACUUUUUAACAUCCUCCCUGCAGCCAGGAGCUGCUUAUAAACUGGUGAUGGACGUACAAAUCUUGAUUUUCUUUCACAGUAUCAGUAACAACUAUUUCGUCACACAUAAAUUUACCCUUCAAAAGACCUGUGAAUCCUCCUCACUCCUUUCACUUUUCACCUACAUAAUGGAUCCCACCCUACUGCAGGUGAAGGAGGCCAGAGAGACGCCUUUCUCACCCUGUCAUGUCUGCACUCGCCGUAUGUUGCGCAAGUGCAGUUUCUGCUCGUACACCUGUGAAUGUGUGCAGUAGUAACUUCUUAAGAGCCACCUUGUUUGGUCUAUGCACUAUAAUUUUAGAGAAAAUAACCAUAUUUGUGCGUUUUGACUUAAAAUAAGUUCAUAUCUAAAAGUAACAUCAAAGGCACAUGUAUGGUUUGGGUUUUUUUCAGGCUCAGUUUUAGUUUUUUCAAGGAGUUUAAAGGAAUGAUUUUUUCAACAGCUGACUGACUCCUGUAGCAUAUACGCAUUUUCUUUAACACUUUGACAAAUAUGAUUGAGUUUAUUGUAAUGAUACUUUCUCUUAUUUCGACAGGUUGCUUUCUUAACUUUCUAAUGAGUUGAACUAGUUUGCACAUAGUUAUGUGAGCAGGAAGACCGGUUGUGAUUGUUCUUAAGAGAGGUUGUAUUUUUAUGUGCAAUAGUUUUGUAGGAAACAAUUAUGCCAAUAAUAGAGCCAAACAGUGAUUUGUUUGAUCAUUUAUAACACAUUGGUAAGUUUCAACAUUUACUCAUCAUUUAAAUUGUCCAUUUAAAAUUAGAGAAAAUUUGCAUAUUUGCAAAUGUUCAUAGUGAAACUUGUUUGGUUGUGAUUUGAUUAGAGAAAUUCCCAAAAUGAUCUGUGCUGUAAAUAAUCAGGAAGACUGAAAGAGUGUUGAUUUUGAAUUAUAAUCUGUUACUAAUGAAGUGGGAGCUUUAGGGUGUGAAAAACAGAACAUUGAUUUGUUGAAUAAUGACCUAUUCCCACUGAAAGGUAGCCAAUUCUCUGGUAGAUGUCCAGACUUAAGUAUUAUUAGAGUUAAAUGAUGUGAAAUACUGAAUCCUUACUGUUUAAUGUGUCCAGUUACUAAUGCAGUUUUUGUAAAUAUACUUAAAAGUAGAAAUAUGUUUAUUAUCUUAAUAGAUUUAGUUCACCUCAGCAGUGGACCCCUUACAGUUGCAGGCAUAAGUGGACCAUUAGGAUUAAUGUAAUAUAAGUGACCCUAGUUUUAUAGGGUGAUAGGUAUUGAGAUUUGUACAGAAGUAUAUUAGCAUAAUUCAUGUAUUUUCCAAAAAUAGCUCUGUUUUCUUCAAGCUUAAGUUUCUUUUUAAUUUCAGGUAGAGUGUUACUUUAAGAAAAUGAUUGGAACUGAUCUACCAAAGGAUGUUAUUUAAUAGUUUUUGUAAAACAUUUGACUUAUAGGUGUAAGUCACAGCGUGUAAUCAGUUUUUAACAUCCCCUAAAUUAUUAUAUACAUCACAUCAGUUGGCGCUAUUAAGUUGUUAGUUAGCCUUUUAUUAUAGUAAUGGGUAACACUGUGAGGUACAAAAAAGGUAGCAACUUAGCUACUUCAAUCUUAAAUACAAAAUCUGAAUCUGUAAAGUGAUAUUUUGUAACGACUUGUGUCCCGGCAUCAAGCUGUGUAGUUUGUGUGUGUAAGCAGCGUGGUGUAAAUUACAAGGUAUAAUUUCAAUGUGUAAACCAGAUCAUUUAAAUUUCAGCAAAUUCACUUUAAGUUAGCUGUAAAGAAUGAAACUUAAUAUCUACACAUUUCUUAUGCUGUUAUUACAGAAAAAAUGCUGUUUGCUAUUAGCGCUCCCUCACUGACCUGAAAGGUGUGUUGACCCUCAUUCAAAACAAGUUACUCCUGACUUUAUUUUUAUUCAUCUCUUAUCUUUCUCAUUAUCUCCCUGCAUUAAUACACACACACACAGACCUACAAAGCUGCGACUGGUGUGCAGAUUUGAAAUGAGAUUAUUGCCCAAAAUACCUUCAAAAUGUUUACUAUUGAAUAUUUUAAAAGAUAACAAAUCAUUUAGCACCUUGAAACUUCAAACUGGUUGAAUUAACCACUUCACUGUUUAAUCACUGCUGUGUUCCAGGUCAUGGAGCCAUUUUAAUGUAGGCUAUAGAAAUAUGCAAAAUAAUGUUUGUAGUUGUACUGAUUGCAUUGUAAAUCAUGUUGAUAGUGUAAUCACUGUUUUGAAGUUCUAACUCUUUUUUGAUAAGUAGAAGUCAAUGGUUGAAUACUAUUUAUUUGGAUGAUAGGUUUCAUGUAACAAUGGACUGGAUUGAUUGAGGAAAAAAAACAACCGUAAUAAAAUGAUUUAAACACUGGG